AUGAAGAUCCCUCGCUGGCAACCACGGAGGUUUCUGAAGUUGACCUGCCUUUUUUUGACACUUUGUGUGAUAGUCUUGAUUAUCAACACAUUGAAGACUGUGUGGGAGGAUAACAAGUGUUCUGUGAAGGAGUCAUAUACACUGUUGGAUGAUGUGUGUCAGCGCUACAGGGACCAUUCUGUGGCUGGUAACCUGUGUAAUGACUUGUGUGAAAUGCAAAGCAUCAGAUUUGUGAAGUGUACCAACUAUCGUCGUGGUAAAAAGGUGUUGAUCAUGGAAUGUGAUGGAGCAUGUGAAGCAGGGGAGACAAUCAAAAUUGUUAUGAAGACCAAACACAGAGUAGAGGAGGAAGAAUAUGAUCGUUUAGUUUUACCUUUGAAUGAGGAUGGUACCGUUUCUAAGGAUGGAAUAAAAAUGGCUAAAAUUCUGAUGAUAAACAAGGCUUUUGGUGAUAUGCAUUUUACUGUGACAUCCAAACAAAACAUUUUCUCAGAACUUUGGUCGAUGGACUAUGAUCAGUUUGUAAAAUCUGCAACGUUCAAAAAUGCUGACCAUGUUGCCUUACUGAGUAUCUGGUCCUUGCUACAGCAGGAUGAAUAUUUGUUCAUGAAGAUAUAUCAAAACUUGCCAUAUAUUCCUUAUCUUUAUGGUACUUGUGGGGAGUUCUAUUUUAUGGAGUAUGCUCCACCUGGAGAUAUUCUUAGUCCAGGGUUCUUUGCGAAGUCUUCUUGGUCCAAGCGAGCUGAUGCAGCAUUAAAACUAAUGGAUAUCGCACAAUCACUUGAUAAUGACUUUUAUCAAGCCAUGCAUUUCUGUGAUAUAAAAGUAGAUAAUUUUGGUGUAGGUAUGGACUUGAAAGUUAAAAUCUUGGACUCGGAUUCACUGUUUUUUGAUGAAAAAAUGUCUUUGAAUUUAAGAGGUUCAUGUACUGAUCAUUUUGCUUGUGACUUUUUUGACUGUCGAGGAUGGUGUGCUGUUCAGAACAAAACUUGUAAUGGAAGAAGGUUUAACAACAACUUACAGAAUAUUUGUGAGGACAUCUUCAUUGACAGACCACCCAACUUUUUCCGUGGAUUGUUGCAUGAUGCUCCACCUGCAAUUGCUGGUGAGCUGGCCUCAGUAUUGCAGGAUUGUGCUUAUCCAAACCAUAAUAUGGGUGAGGUUGUAAGGGCCCCAACAUCUACUGAAAUCAUGGAAAAACUUUACAAAUUGCUUCAGACCAGAACAGACUGAGAAAAUUUACUUAGGUACUUUCAUCAAAUUUGAUAGGAAUAUUCAGUAUACCAGUCUACAUCAUGAGUAGAACAAAAUAUCAAACACCAACAACCUACAACUUGAAACAAAUAUGAUUAUCUGCCCUUUUCUGAAAUAACAUUUAAGUGGAGGAGGUUAAGCAUUCACCUUGUGUGCCAUUAACUUUAUUUAUUUUACUUAAUUUUAUUAUAUGUGCCUGAUAUCCGCUGUUACAGCCUUUCAGUACACAGGAGGUUUGACUUAAUGUCCCUGAUGUUCAGGUCAGAGUGGGUAUCGUUAGUUAUCCUGUGUCAUACAGUUUUAAUUUGAUGUUUAAAUGUACAAGUGAAAGUGCAAGAUUUAAUCCCCCCCCUACUUUUUAAUGCCUUCUGGUUUUGCCAAACUUUGGCCUUCUUAAAGUCCUUCUUCACUUUGCUGGUGGUAUCUGACUGCUGGAACUAUUAAUUAAUCCAACUAUAACAACACACU